AUGGCUAGUGUUUCAACUCCUCACUUUGUCAUAUUUCCAUUCAUGUCCCAAGGCCACACCAUCCCUCUCCUAAACCUCGCCCGCCUUCUCCGGCACCGCCAUAUCUCCUUCGCCAUCUUCACCAUCCCAGCAAAUUCUGCGUCCAUCCGCGAUUCUCUCACCAAUACCGGUAUCUCCAUUAUCAACCUCCCCUUCACGGAAAAGCUAAAUUCCAUGUCAUUGUUUCUUUCAAUUGCUAAUGCCACAAAACAGAUGCAACCUCACUUUGAACAAGCCAUUGAGUCUCUUCAAUCUGUCAGCUGCAUAAUCUCUGACGGGUUUCUGACUUGGACUCAGCAAUCUGCAGCAAAGCUGGGUAUUCCUAGACUAGUUUUCUAUGGAAUGAGCAACUAUGCCACGACUAUGAGCGAAAUUGUGGUCCGAGAACGCCCACAUGCAAAGGUUAGUUCAGAUGAUGAGCCCUUUCCGGUUCCAGACUUCCCGUGGUUGAAGCUGACAAGAAAUGACUUCGAGCCACCAUUUAGUCAGGCAGAUAUGUCACCGGAACAAUUGCGCGAAAUAGCAUUGGGCUUAGAACAAGCUAAGGUUAACUUUUUGUGGGUUUUAAGAUCGAAAGGAUCCGAGUUCUGGGAAGGGUUUGAAGAAAGGGUGAAGGAUAGGGGAAUAAUAGUGAAAGAGUGGGUAGACCAAUUGGAGAUACUCCAGCACGAGAGCAUCAAUGGGUUUUUGAGUCACUGUGGUUGGAACUCAGUUGUAGAGAGUAUAAGUGUAGGAGUGCCAAUAUUGGCACUGCCAUUGAUGGCCGAGCAGCACCUGAAUGCGAGGAUGUUGGUGGAGGAGAUCGGCAUAGGACUCAGACUUAUGCCAAGCAAUGGCUCUGUGCGUGGAUUUGUGAAGUUGGAGGAGGUGGAGAAGGUGGCAAGAGAGUUGAUGGAAGGUGAGAGAGGAGUAGCAGUGAGGAUGAAGGUGAAAGAGGUCCGCAAAGCUGCAUGUGCUGCAAUGAAAGAAGGCGGAUCAUCCUCCAGCAUGUUGAACCUACUCAUCAAUGAGUUUGGUGGUCCACACCCAUGA